CUUUUUGUAUAUUGAGUUUUUUAAAUAAACGCAAGAAAUCAUCAGUUACCCUUUUUUUAAAAGGCACUCUUUUUCUAUUAAACCCCUUCUUUUUAAAUAUCUAUUAAAAAGAAGCUUCACUUUCUUCUCUUGAUUAUAUACUAGCCAUCAUGCCUCUUGAAGAUUCUCUCUCUCCAAAAGAGACCGUCAUUAAUGUCAACAAUGACAAGCCUGCUUCUGCACCAGUGGUAGAAGACGCCUACGAGCUGAAAGGACAAUCUACAGCCAUUGACAUGCCUCCUACUACCAAUGAAAAGGUCGAAGAUGCCUCUACAGACGAUGAUGAUGACCAUUUAAAGAAAAAGGAAGGACGGUUCAAGAGAUUUUACCGAAGACAUAAGAAAUGGUUCCAUCUCUGUUACUUUCUUAUUUUUACCGGAUAUCUUGCCGCCUCUUAUGCUCUUCAAGUGCCAAAAGGAUACAAUCAAGAGAACCUUGUGUUGGGUUUAAUCUAUGCAUUCUUUUGUCUAAAGUUUGCUUUCAAAUAUAUUCCUACAACUGUCGUGACCAAACCAUGGAAUGCCUGUAUUCGUACUAUAGCCAAACCUCUCGAAAGAGUUCCCAAGUAUAUUCUUCAUAUUGCUUAUGGUUUCUUUGUUUUCGCCGUCAUUGUCAUCACCGCCUUUAGCUUACCAGAAAGGCCAGAAUCAACUCGUAUUCAACGUCUGAUUGCUCUCUUUGGUUUGAUUGUCUUCUUGGUUGUCUUGUACGCUUCCUCCAACAACCGUAAAGCGAUCAAUUGGAACACGGUCUUUUCUGGUAUGCUUAUCCAAUUUAUCCUGGCCCUCUUUGUCUUCCGUUCCUCUGUUGGUCAUGACAUCUUCCAAUGGGCCUCCAGAUUUGCUCAAGGAUACCUCGACAAAGCCACCAACGGCGCGGCCUUUGUCUUUGGCAAUGCUGCAGUUCAAUCAAACGUGUUUGCCAUUACUGUUUACCCUGCUUUGAUCUUCUUUGCAGCCACUGUGCAGAUAUUGUACUACAUCAAUGCCCUUCAAUGGGUCCUUCAAAAAUGCGCGACUAUCUUCAUGACUCUCUUCAAGAUGUCAGGUGCCGAAGCUGUCGUAGCUGUGGCCUCUCCUUUCUUGGGCCAAAGUGAAAAUCCUUUGCUUAUCAAGCCAUUCUUGCCCUACUUGACCAUGUCUGAAAUCCAUCAGGUCAUGUGCUCUGGUUUUGCUACCAUUUCUGGUUCUGUGCUCUAUGGUUACAUGACCAUGGGUAUCUCGGGUGAAGCUCUGUUGACGUCCUGUAUCAUGUCUAUUCCUUGUGCUAUCACCGUUUCUAAGAUGCGUUAUCCCGAAACCGAGACACCAAUGACUGCAAAGACGGUGCGUGUGCCUCCUAGCGAUGACCGUCCAUCCAACUUGCUCCAUGCUGCUGGUAAUGGUGCUGCAGAAGGUAUUCAUAUUGCCUUGCUCAUGACUGCCAAUUUGAUAUCCCUUCUUGCCUUACUCUAUGCCGUCAAUGCACUCUUAACCUGGGCCGGUAACUUUUUGACAAUUCAAGAUCUCACACUUCAAUUGAUCACUGGUUAUAUCUUUGUCCCUAUUGCAUGGUUGAUUGGUAUUGAAAACAGAGACGUCGUCGCUGUCGGACAGAUUUUGGCAACCAAGAUCUGGGCCAAUGAAUUCGUAGCCUUCCAAGCUCUCACAACAACCUACAAAGACGUCUUGACACCACGUUCUGUCAUCAUCACCACUUAUGCUGUCUGUGGGUUUGCCAACCUUGGUAGUGUAGGUAUGCAGAUCAGUGUCUUGAGUACUUUGGCCCCAAAGCGUAAUGGUGAUAUUGCUAGUAUCGCUGUCUCUGCUAUGCUUUGUGGUGCUCUCUGUACCUUUAUCUCUGCUUCCAUUGCUGGUAUGCUUAUGUAUUAAAAUACCAUCUCCUUUUUUUUUUUGUGUGUGCAUUUGCAUAUUUCCUCCCCUUUUGUAUUUUAGCUAUUGUAAUUUUAUAAUAAAUCAUGUAUUUCUAGACAAGACAAUCUAAACGUGGCUUUUUGAUAGUCUUUUUUUUUGGGUUGAAGAUGG